CAUGCUGUCGCACUUGGUUACAUUGGGACAAUCACGUAAGCUUUUUCAUUUUACGAAUACAUUGGUGAGCGUAGUGAACGCAGCAAGUGGAAGGGUGGCAAGGAUCGAGAUGAUAGGCAGCCACAGCACCGUGCGUUCAUCCUGCAUGCCUGCUCGGUGCUGUCCCCUGUGCCCGUGCUUGAGUGCAUCUCAGAGUCAGCGCCUUGGCGCUCCAACCGACCGCGUUCCGGCGGGUGCCACACUUGCCAGUCGCUGAUAGUGCGCUGCAUGGCUGCAUUGUCUCGACGAGUGCUCACCACCAACGGUCGGACAGGACACACGUCCAGCCGCAGCCACUAUCUUGAUCAUCGAGAUUCACUUAUUUAACUAACGAUCGGAUUCAGACAACGCGGCGUGCUGAACAACGAUGAAAUAACCAAGUGAGGUAAUCAGAAGUGGAAAACGGUGGGUAGCAGUGAGAAGCAGGCUUGUAAUCAACUUAAAAAUAUACGUUUCCGAGAAAGGAUAUUAUUACGUGUGAGAAGGAUAGAUCGUAAUAAUAACAUUGCGAAUUGAUGGUAAAUCUACAUUUGAUGAACACCCCACAGUAUUGUUAUGAAAUAACGCAGAAAAACAAAUGUUAUUGAAGGCAACGCGCGUUCCCUAGGUGCAUAUCGUGCUGCAGCAGUGAGUUUUUCAUUCUCCUCGCCCCACUUUUUCCUCACCGUCGCGCACAUGAACAAGUGUGUGGGGCCGCCUUGUGCGAGUCCAGAGCGCUGAAAGUGUGCAGGAAAUUUUGAAGGCAUUGGCAACACUCCUAAAAAUAUAUUCUAAUUCAUUAUUAAAUUUUAUAAUAACAUUAAUUACAAAACUUUGGGGUCCUGGAAUUUAAUGGAACGACGUCAUUUUGAUAGCGCAGAGGGAGUUGGCAGGGAGUCAUUGCAGUGUUAAUCAUCCAAAGGAAGAUGCAAGAACGCGCCGUCAGCACGCAGACGAACACCUGCAUCAACACUAGUAUGGAAUCCGCUGAUAGCGUCGACAUUGAUGAUUCUUCCGAUUUACAACAAGAACAAUCUUCAAGAAGUCGUAAUUCUAAUAACAAAUUGAAAGUUCUCGUUCGAAGUCACGCAAUGCGUGAAGCAUCACCAUCGCCACCGCGCGACCCCCAAUCUCCCAACGCUACCACUGCCCACUAUCACCACCACAACCACUACCAACCAAUUCAGACGCAACAUCAACAAUCAUCGUCUCAACAAAUGCACCAGCCGAAUACGCCGGUCUCGUCGCCUUGCAUUAAACUGACGCCGUCGUCAGACAGUCAUCCAUCUUCUCCAACGCGAACACUUCAUGUGCUGAGUCCUAGUUCGUCUCCAACAAGCACUCUGGUCGCAUCUCCGUCUCCUACACGUCUCGUUGACCAAUCCGAAUUUACCCUGCAAGAAGCAACUUAUACUACAGCAGAUGUAGGUCACCGCUGUACGAAAACCAACAAGCACUCGCGAAAAAAGAACCACUAUGAGCGAGACGAUGAACAUCGAAGUAACGGUGCUAUUGGCGGAAAUGUUGGGAUGAAAUGCGAAUGCCAGUCAAAUCUCACUUUGAAUAAUAACAAUUUACAUAAUAAUAACAAUAACAACACCCUGACAGUUAAUAAUCGAUUCGGAAAUUCUGGAAAUGGACGGGGUAAAUUGCGACAGCAGAGUUCUUCAUUGGGCAGUUUUGAUGGUAGUUCACCUAGUCUCUCCAGAGAUAACAGCAGUGAGCAGUACACUGACACAACUGGAGCCGAUCUGGAAAUUUUCAUUCCUGAAACUUUGAAUCGCAAUCAAAAGGAUCGAAAUCUUAUGCUACGUAUUGAAGAAGAACUUGUCCAACUAGCCAAAGAUGAUGGUCAAACACAUUUCAAAUUUCCCCCAAUGUCGAGUUACCAGCGUAUGCUGGUGCACCGUUGCGCGGCGUACUUUGGCAUGGAACACAAUAUAGAGUCGACUGGCAAAUGCGUUGUAGUGAACAAGACGAAAAAUACACGCAUACCCGACGUGGAGUUCAAGUUUCACAUCAAGGAGGAGUAUAACGAGGAACCACGACGCUCGAUCCUUAAACGCGAUAGUAACAGCAUCGAAGACUACAACUUUAAGAGUCCCGAUCGUCAAUACAGCCUGGAGAGUCGAAGGAGUAAAAGCUUCGAAGAGCGAGAGGAGGAAUACGAGAAAGCUAAACGUAGAAUAUUUAAUAAAGGGAAUCACGAUUGUAGUGCCGACGAUAUUGUUUGGGCUGAAGAAAUUGCAUGGUCUAACAACGAUCACGAAUCCAAAUAUCGGCUACAUAAUGAUUGUCAUCAUCCCAGAUCAUCGAGAUUGCUCAAAGUGCAGAGUGAGGAUCCAGGCGAAGAAACUAUGAGGCCCUGCGUAGCCAAAUCGUACAGUUUUGGUGGUUACGGCGGCUCUUUAGCUCGAGGUGAUUCGAUGAUGUCAACACACAGUGCAGGACCGCGAUUACUCUCGAAACAAGAUUCUUCGGCCAGCAGUGUCUCGUGGCACUUAAGUCCAUCGAGUUCCGGGUACAAAACCCAGUCUCAGCGCUCCGAGUCUAUCACGCCGUCGCCUACAUCGACGCCGUUUUAUUCCUCGAAUGACUCAUCGUCGAUCCGUCAGGACUCUACAGCAACGAACGCCAGCGACAUUCCAUUACAGAACGACGACGAUAAUCAGCAAGUCGUCUGGGCAGUGACGAAUAUUCAAAGUGUUCCGAAAGGCAGCGUCAUCAUCAAUCCGCAAACUGGUCAACCCAUUAAAAAUCAUGAUGGUACUUUGUACCACCACGAUCCGAAUAAUCCAUUGCCGGAACUGCCACCGCUGCCCGACGCUACAAUAACGAAUAAUGGCAAUACCACAGCCCAUGUGAGUGCUAAGCCACCAAUGUCUCCAGUGAAAAGUAAAAAAGAUCGCCCGCCCUCACCAAAGAAGCGAAAUUCGCCAAUUAAAAAGACGAAUAGUGCCACUAGUCCUAGUUUACCGUACACGCCACCUCCACAUCCAUUAUCUUUGCCUACUAUACCCCAAAUGCCGGUCGCCACGCAGUUAAUACAAAGCAAAAAUUUUCCGGGCUAUGCUGAGCAUAAUCCUGCACCGCUAAUGCAAAAUCAGUAUUACGGGGGGACUUAUGAUUACGCCCCGCCUUGCAUCGUGUACGCACCGUACGGGCAGGUUCCCGUCGGUUAUGACACUCGAAUUGAUACAACACCGUUGCAAGAACUUACUCAUCCGUAUUACGUCGAUCCAACUACCUAUCAAUCGGCACCUGCUGCAGCAGCUGGUGUUUGGUCGCAAACACAGUACGUCUAUCCCAACGCUGCUCCUCGGUUUGCUGUGCAACCGAUGCAGCAACCAGGAACCACAACUUUUAUUGCGUCGUAUCAUGCCGGUCAAACGACGAGCGGGUUUGUUCCACAACAAGCGCAACCAACAUCGGGGGCCAGUUCUGAAAUGAUACCAGUCUAUUCUCCGCAGUCACUGAUUUAUCCCACUGCACAGACUUCAGUCUUUCCCAAUCAGAACAUGAUAUACGCUGCCGCUCCACCACCAUCUGGUGGUACAUUUGCCAAUACUGUGUUUACGGCGCCUCCGCCAUCCACUGCAGUUGCGCAACAUAAUAUGACAUAUCCCGUCAACGUACUCACUCCAGAAGUACUUUAUCCUAUGGAACAGAUGGUGCAAGGUGUUGCGCAGUUGCAUCUUAGCGCCGCUAAAGAUGAGCGUCGAAUGACGCCCAAAGGAAAGGGAAGGAGUCAAAGUAGCACGGAAGCAAGUUCCCCAGCCACUGCUGUUAUGACUUUUCCGGGAGCACUUUAUCACCGACAGAAUUCUGAGACGCCGCCCAGCUUGCCACCUACACCUGGCUAUGGAGGUUCAUUUCCGCCCGUGUUUUUAAGACAAAUGAGUAACGUGAGAGCAAGUCCUCCGGUGCAAAGCAGGGCGAGUCGAUCCCCUACGCCUGUUACGCCAACAAUGCCGCUGCCUCCCAUGGCACUGCCAGGGCCAGAUAUGAUAAUGGGUGAUUCGCGGCACAGGUAUUCGAUGCCACCUGUUGUAUAUCAAACAAUGCCUUAUUCAAUUCCAAGUGACAGUAGAAUAAUAGCGGGUCGGGGUCAGCCAAACUCCUUCAGGCAGCAGUCGCCUCGCCCGCCACCCAAUCUCUCCCACCCGCCACACCGUCAGCAAGUUCAGUCGCAAAACCACCAGGCGGCUGUAAAUAACAGCAACUCGAAUAGCAAUAGUCACGUCUGUGGCGUACCGCAAUACAAUCAGCACGCGCCUCCAGCGAAUGACAAAUUCAAAAACAGAAAAAAUCGUUUAUAACCAUCUAAACUAUUAUACAUUAUGUGUAUCUUAUGGGAUUCUAGGAGCAACAAAGCGACGAAUCUGCAAUACACCAACAAGAAAUCUACUUAACUCCUCGAAACCAAAACAACAAAGGGAUACAUAAAUCAACUUAUUUAAUUAACCAACCAAAAAAUAGAUGAAACUUUCACGAUAUUAUAUACUUAAAAACAUCUUAAUGUUCUGUGACCAAAAAGAUUGAUCACAGAAUUUGCGACUACACAUGUAGGAACUAGCUGAACCAUUAAAAUUAUUGUUGUAAUAAUAUUUACAUCGUUCAACUAAGUUUGUUUCGGUUUUCGUUCAUUUUAAAUUUUAACGUGUUAAAAACGACCAUAUUACUGAAAAUAUGCAGAUAACACAGGGCAAGCGAUUCAGAAUCUAACAGCUAAUUUUAUCUCUGUUUUUAUUUAAUUUAUUUUUAUUUUAUUUUUGUUUUUCACAACUAAUAAGAAAAUACUGAAACUAGGAAGAUGGAUUUACUAAGCACAAUAUAGCGACAAUUGUUGAUACAAAUAUUCAAAGUUUAUUGUUACAUGGUUCAUUUAGACAAAGUUUUUGUGCCAUAUUUUAUUUUAACUGAUAAAUACUCAAAGAAAUAUUAUUUAACGUAUGUACUUAGUAAUUUUUAAGCACAAUUUGAGUUAACAUAAAAAGUCAGCUUUACUUGAGGAUAUAUUCUGUAUUUUUGUUUCUCAUAUUAACAUUAUCGUUUCGGGCACAAAAUGAUACUAUUUGCAAAUUAACUAUGUAAUUAAUAUUUCCAUUUAACUAUAUUUUAUAUCGUCUAAAUAUUUUUAUAAACAGUGAGAUUAUAUUUAAAUAUUACGAUUAUAUUAUACAAACGACAGGGAAAAUAUGACGGCAAUGUGCAACCAAGGAAAACAAAAUUAGUACUAGCGGGGCUAGAAACUAUUGUAAGAUUUUGUUUAUAACCUAACCUGAUGAUAUGGAAUGAUACAUCAAGAAUCAUUAACGAACAAACAAUUAAUUCUAAGCUAUAACCUAACAAUUGUAAUAACGUUGUUAAAGUUUUUCGAUAUUUUCUGUUUGUUGUUGACCUUAGCUGUUUGUUACACUUGCAAUGUUUUACAUGGGUUGGCACAGCGCGACAUGUUUUUGUCCUAUACGACAAUAGAUGGCAUAGCUUAACAAUUUUUCCAAAAGCGCAGGCGGAACUAAAGAGACCCGAAAUCUAAUUUCCAUCCACCGAUAAAUUAAAGACAUCUUUGAAGAACAAAACAUACGAGACAAUGGCCGUCAAUUAAGAUUAAAGCUAAAGAGCACCGAAUCGAUUUCUACAAUGCUGGUUGACGAUGCAAGUUGGUUUCUUCUUACGUCAAACUACAAACUAAAAUGAUUAUUAAAUAACGACUACGAUUAGCAAUCUAGUUACCUUUGUAUUUCAUACUUGAAUUUAUUUUUCAUUUAUAUUUUCAAUUAACUUUAUAAACGAGACGUGCGGUCAUCAAUUCCUUAAUUUCAAUAUCCUCAGUGUUACUCAUUUGUUCUUUGAAUUCACCUUUUAUCAGAUGCAAUUAGUCAUUUUUGAGAUGAGAUAAUAAAGAAAAUUAUCGAUGAAA